CCCGCGGCAGCGCGGGCGGCCAUGGCGCGGCGCGGCCGGCGGCGGCAGCGGCGGGGGGCAGCGGCGGCGGGGACCCGCGGCAAGAAACAGGUACCCAAGGAUCUGGCCAACAUUUUUAAUAACCCCAGUGACAGCGAAGAUUUUCCAGGAUUCCAAGAUGAUGCUUCCAAACAGAGCUUCUUGUCAGAGAACAGCUGUGCUAGUUUUGAUCCCCUGGAGUCUGGAAAAGAGGGGCUCCAGUUUCAGUCCAGAUACCUCACCGAAGAGCUGCAGAGGAUUUUCACUGAGGACACUGACUCUGAAAUGGAAGUGUUUGAGGGCUUCCCUUCAAAUGAGGUGCAUGUGAACAAGAAAGAAGUUCUGAUGAUGGAGUCAGACUUGAGUGAUGGAGAAUGCGAUAAUUUGUUGGGUAAUGAGAAAGAAAAGGAGGAAGAGAUGAAGAAGGUUUCCCCCAAGAGAAGAAGCUUUGGCCUUCGUGUUGCUUUACAGUUUCCUACCAGGAAGUCAUCUGAGAAAAAAGGGCCUGAACAGGCUUUGCCUGAUUUACCUCUAAAGGACAGUGAGUCCCUCACACCUCUUUCAAAAGAAAUAAGCAUCAAGCGGUCAGACAAAGUAGAGGGCUCUGCUUCAGAGUCUGAAGAAGAUAUUAAAGAAACACAGGAGGAAAGUUCCAGUGCGCUGCUUAAGAGAGCCAUAAAUAUUAAAGAAAAUAAAGCCAUGCUUGCCCAGCUGCUGGCAGAACUGAAUUCCAUACCGGACCUGUUCCCAGUGAAAACACCCUCCUCGACUCCUUCAAAACAGAAGAAAACCCCAAGGAGGACAUUCUCUGAAGGCCAGAUAACACGCCGAAUGAACCCAACCAGAACUGCUCGUCCACCAGAAAAAUUUGCCUUGGAAAAGUUUACUGUGUCAGCUGUCAGAUUUGCAGAACACAUCUGUAGCUACAGACAGCAAAACCUCUUGAAGAGACUCAGUGUGCAGGGGGAUUGUGGAGUACGCAAAAGAAGGAGAUCAUCCAAGUACUCGUCUCAUCGCCCGGUAGAAGACAUAACUGAGGAGGACUUGGACAACAUUGCAAUCACUGUUAGAGACAAAAUCUAUGACAAAGUUCUUGGUACUACUUGCCACCAGUGUCGACAGAAGACAACUGAUACAAAGACAAUCUGUCGCAAGCAGGGCUGUGGAGGAGUCAGGGGGCAGUUCUGUGGACCCUGUCUUCGAAAUCGAUAUGGCGAAGAUGUGAAGUCAGCUCUGCUUGAUCCAGCCUGGAUCUGUCCUCCUUGUCGUGGGGUGUGCAACUGCAGCUACUGCCGCCGGCGGGAUGGGCGCUGUGCCACCGGCAUGCUCAUCCACCUGGCCAAGUUCUAUGGCUACAACAAUGUCAAGGAGUACCUGGAAAGUUUACAAAAACAACUGGCGGAUGACAAUUGAGAGCACUGAACUCAAGCCGUGCCUGAAACUGGUUAAUAUGUUAACAGUUUGACUUCAAAAGUUUAUUAUUAUGUUUUACAUAAAAUAGAAUUGUAGUAUAUAGCAUAUUCAUUUCUCUGUUGGAAACUUGUUGAUUGAUAUGGUCUUAUGCAAAAGAUCUCUCAGGAAAAUGUUUUGGUAGAGAAAUCUACAUGGACAGACCUAUAUGUUAAGUGAAAUGGCACUCUUGAACCUUGAGUGGUUAAUUUUUAAUAGAGCUACACAACCACAUAAUGGAGAGCUUGGUCAAAAUGAGCAAUAUUUUUAUUUACAUAAUUGUGCAAGUUUGCAGAAAGGGUGUUUAACAACUACCUUCAAAGCAUCCCGUCUUCAAAGAAACAAAACACCUUUGUCUACCAGCUUGACCAUAAAGAUCCAUUUUUCCAGCUCUACUUUCUGAACCUGUUUCACCACCUGUAGUUUAUAGAACUUGACCUUGUAAAGAAGGAAAAGAUACUUUCAUCUGAAUGCCAUUAUAUUCCAGCCAAAGGUGAUGCCAUCGACCAGUGCGAGGAUGGUUUUUGAAAAUUUUAUUCCAAAGUGCAAUUAUUCAUCAAACCACGAAAGUAGAAGAGUGUUUCAAAAGAAUUUAAAAAUAUCCCAGUAAAAAAAUCCAAGAAAACUUCUCACCGGCAGUUUUUGAGUAAUGUACCUGCUGCCUGAAGCAUCUACCCACCUGUUGUAACUGGUUUAUAUCAGAGUUCAGGAUUAAGUUUUUUUACUUACAGUUCAUACUUAGAUAUUUUUUCAUUUGUACAACCAGCCUUUCAAACAACUUCAUUGAAAUGCAAGAUAUUUGUAUUGCAUGUUAAAGUAUGUUAAAAUUUUGUAAUAUACACAUUUCUUUUUAUAUAGAGAAUAAAGACUGGUCUAAAGAAGA